AUGACAGGAGUAAAAAUAGAGGUUCUUUCUUUGGGAAGGAAACAUAGAGGAAAUGACAGAAAAGAAAUGGUUUUGUGGGUCUCCGAGAAGAGACAGGAGCCUAACCAGGGAGGCUGGCUCAGAGAUGGAGAGAGAGAGAGUGAUAAGCAGUCAUUGGGAGAAAAGAAGGACAAACAAAGCAGAAGAAAAGAAAAUGAGAGAUUAGAUGAGCACAGAGAAAAUGGUGCCUCCAAGCGUUUGAUAUUUGUUCCGUGCCUUUAUUUAUUGGUAUUUUGGUAUGAAAUCUACUGCAGUGGAGGAGCCUCUGUAAUGGUAACAAGAAAGUUUGAGGAGAGAGAAGAUAGGAAGGAGUACAGUAUCAAUCUGAUGUGA